UUGGCUUGCCUAGCAAGUAAAAUGUUAGGCGCCAUCACGGUCCCGAAGGUGGGAAUUUCGGGUCGUGGCAAGUAUAUUCCUAACUAGCCCCACUACUGACAAAGUUUGGAGGACAUUCUUGGGGGCAGCAGGGAUUAAUAUCUUACUGGUGCAGGUUAAACAAGUUAUAAGGGCUUGGUGGAAUGCAAAAUGUUGUCCAAAACUGAAUCCUUUGUUUAAGACAGCUCCAGCUAUCAUCACUUAGGAAUUAUGGAAGAAGAGAAACACAGGCAAAAAUGGGGGAUCAGUGUCUACUAAUAGAGUCAUACAUAAAGUUAACAAGACUCUUCACUUCUUGGCAAGAGUUAGAUAUUCAUGGUUAUCCAAUAUACCAUUACUAUGGCCUGGCAUGAUCGAGGUUUUUGAAGAAUAUAGACCUAUUCUGAUCACUAGAAAAGUCACAUGGCAGAUGCCUUAUGGAGGAUGGUAUAAAUGUAACACUGAUGGUGCUUCAAAAGGAAAUCCGGGACAUAGCUCAAUUGAAAUUUAUGUGAGAGAUGAUGCAUGUGAUUUGAUUCAUGCAAGAGCAGUUGAAGUUGGCAUCACUACCAAUGUUGUAGCUAAAGCAAAGGCAAUACUAGAAGGUCUGGAAUACUGUGUUGAACAAGAUCUACAUCCCCUCAUAUUGGAGACAGACUCCUUGGUUUUGAAGAAGGUGAUAGAAGGGGAAUGGGAUCCACCUUGGUGCUUAGGUGCAGAAGUACAGAAGAUCAAGGAGAUAAGGAAUCGUUUCAGUAUGAUCUUCCAACACGUGUUCAGAGAGGGCAAUACAAUGGCUGAUUUCUUAGCUAACAUGGUGUUUUCUUUUGCAGUUAAUCUUCAGUUUAACAACUUUUAUGAAUUGCCUACUGCAGGAAGGAGACUGAUCAACAAGGACAAAUCUCAAAUCUCUAAUCUAAGAGUAAGGAUAGCAAAGAGAAAAGCACCUGAUUGAUGGAUAGCAACGUUAAUAAAAUGACAGAUGUUGCUUCAUGCUUAUUCACUUAUGCCUCUGUGUCUCAAUAAGACAUCUCUCAGUGGUAUUAGCUAAGCUCAUUCUGGUGGUGUCUUAUUGAGAUAUGGAAAAACUCAAAUAAGAAGGCAAAUGAGUUUUUGUCAUAAAAAAAACAUUAUGCUCCAUUCCAAUGUGACUGCAUACUGGAAUUCAAUGUUCUACAGUCCACAUAUAGCAUUACAAUUGCUGCAGAGUUAUGAUUCUGGAACACGACUAUUGUUAGGCUGCAUUAGGAAGCUCGGGAAAUCAAAUUGCAAGAUCUUUACAAGGCAUUCUAACAGAAUGCAAGGAUGGCUGCUAAGAAUCUUGAAAUUCAACAACAUGACAACACAGGUGGGCAAACAGUGCUGUGAUAUUUGGACAAACAAUACACGUGGUCAGAUUUGAACUGAAAAAGAGCAUAUCGAGACAAAUAGCUGAUCACAAAUAGUGGAUGUUGAAGGGUCGAAACUGGAAAGAAACAUCUUCCAAUGCUGCGAGUGAGCACAUAUGUGAUAUUACAGAUUAAAGAGCAGAUCACACGUCUUCAGAACGAUCCCAUUUUGGUACUACUUCUCACAUUUCUUUUGUCCAGUGGUAUUAGUGUGGUUGCAUACUCAUUCUGGAGAUGAGAAAAUACUAUAUUGUACACAUUCUUCAAGCGAGCAGUGUUUGUUUUAUCCAAAUGAUCUUAUUAGCCCCAUGACUGACUACAAAGAAAAAAGGAAUACAUCAUUGAGGAGGUCAUGCUAUACAUGGAUUUAUCAGAUUUGGAUAGCUUCAGUGCAACGGUAAGACUGGCUGGAGUCCAUACUUGCCUUGUCCAUUGGAAUCUUGUCCUAUGGAAUGCAUAACUUGGUGCCUGAUGUGAACUUUGGAGGUGCUACUGUUUGGUUGUUGCUCUUGGCUGUUGGAUCACUAGCACUACUUUUUCCUGGAAGCAUAUAUCCCAUAUCAUUGUAAUAGCUAGCUUAUUAUUUCUAGUCUUACUAUUAGAUACUAGAAGCUUUCAUUUAUUACAUUGUCUUGAAAAUCUUGUAAUUUUGGACCCCU